AUCUUCAUAAAGCCAUAAUUACUCAUGUUCAAGGUGUUUCCCCUAUUUCUGUGUAUUGUUCGAAAUUAAAAAGACCUUUGGGUUGAGUAUGACUCUAUUGUACCACCUUGGCUGUGCUUCGGAAAUAUCUAAGGAAUAUGGUGAUGGCAUGAGUAGACAGAGAUUGUUGCAAUUUCUUAUGGGGUUGAAUGACGGUUAAGGGCAAGCACGAAGCCAAAUUGUCAUGAUGAAUCCCUCCCCAAGUGUAAAUCAAUAUUAUAAUGAGAGUCAAUAGGAUUUGAGUGGAGGCUAUGUCAUUGAUGAAAUGAAUGAUCCUACUGCUUUGUUCGCCAACAGACCUACUGGUAGUGGUUUUAGGCCUCAAGGGUUUAAAGGCCAAGGACCUGGUGGACGAGGAAAUCAAUUGCGUAAGGGCCUAAAAGGAGGUUUUCUGUAUUGUGAUCAUUGUGAUAUGAAAGGUCACAAUAGAUGGAAUUGUAACAAAUUGAAAUAUUGUACACACUGCAGGGUCACACUCAGGAGAUAUGUUACCAAUUGAUAGGUUAUAUAUUACCAAUUGAUAGGUUAUCCCGUAGACUAUCAUGGAAAGAAGGGUAAUGCUGUAUUAACACCUGCUAUUGCACCUGCAAUUACAUCACAGAUGCAGCAUUCUGGCCCCCGCUCAAGAGUGAUGAUGGACAUCCAAUUUCUGGUUAUCUCACGCAAUAUGAAGCUAAUGGAAAUGAGAUGUGUAACCUUUUAUGCAGCACACAAGUAAUAGCAGAGUGCAGCAUGCAAGCAAUAGUGGGAAUUACUGUCAUGGUAGCUCUGGUGGAAUGCAAUAUGCUUUUGGAGGUGGUGCAGUUCCACAUUUCAAUCCAUCUCAGUAAAACCAAAUUCAUCACAUGUUGAACAAGCCUGUCACACAUGAAUCAAGUGCAAAUGUAGCAGGUGAAAUGGAGAUAUCAAUGUUAAAAGUGCUUCUCAACAACAUCUCCUGUUUUUCCCAUUUAUCAUCAAGUGAUCACAUGAGUGGUGAACUGGUUCGUAGAUAUUACUGUAAGAUUGAGGAUAUUCUGAAGCUUGUAAAGCCGAUUCUCGACUCCAUCGUUGAUGUUGAAGCAGCUUCUAGCGAGCUGCUUCUGAAAGCAUUUGCUGGGCUUGCUCAAUAUGUUGAUGAACUGAGGGGGCUAUUUGAAACCUGGGAACCAUUGUGCAGUAAAGUUUAUUUUGUUCUGCAAGCUGAACCACUGAUUGGGAAAAUUCGAACAUGUAGCCUGGAAAUACUUGAGCUACUUAAAUCUUCUCAUAAAUGCCUUCCUGCUGAUGUAACCUUGACAACUCUUGAGCUCUACAUACUUAAAAUUAAGUAUGUAGAUUAUGAAUUGAUAUCAAUGGCCAUUACAAAGGUUAUUAAAGCUCAAGUGGAAGGCUUGGGAGCCAGUUCUGAUAGCUUUUCCAAAAUUGCUGAUUGCCUAAGCUUGAGCUCAAACGAAGAGCUUUUGCUCGAGCUCGUGGCCCUUGAAAAAUUGAAAGAGAAUGCUGAACAAGCAGAAAAAACUGAGGACGUUGAAUAUAUUGAGCAAAUGAUAACUCUUGUUUCUCAUAUGCACGAUUGCUUUGUCACUGUGAAACAGUCCCAGAGCUGUACCACUGUGCCAAUACCUCCUGACUUUUGCUGCCCUCUUUCACUUGAGUUGAUGACUGACCCUGUAAUUGUUGCUUCUGGUCAAACCUAUGAGAGGGCUUUUAUAAGGAGAUGGAUUGAUCUGGGUCUCACUGUUUGCCCCAAGACACGGCAAACUCUGGGACAUACAACUCUCAUUCCCAAUUACACUGUUAAGGCACUUAUUGCAAACUGGUGCGAGAUAAAUAACGUAAAGUUGCCUGAUCCCAUGAAGUCUUUGAGCUUGAACCAGCCAUCUUCCCUCAUAACACACACAGACUCUGCUGCAUCCAGGGAUACUCAUGUGUUUCCCCUUACAAGGGAAAAACACUCGUUGUCACCAGACUCCGCACAAUCUUUAGGUUCUCCAAGAAAGAGUUUGAUUUCAUCAAGUGUAAGCCAAAGAGAGGAAUCAUCUCCAUCUCAUCUCCGUUCCUCUUCAGAGGAUUCUUUACCUGGAGUUGCUGGUAGUGUACUUGCUUUUGAUGUUGAAAGGAUAAAUAUUAAGAGUGAAGACCGGAUGGCUCACUCUGGAGAGAUAAGUUCACAUGGUCAUAGUACAUUAACAGCUGAUGAACAGUUACCUCUGGGUCAUAAUAGAACAACCUCGGCACCCAGCACGCUUGCUAAUUCAAACUUUUCCCCUGUAAUUCCUGGUGAUGGAAAUAAGUUAUCCUCGCAGUCAGAAGCUGCGGCUGUUGCUUCAGGGGAUGUUGUAGUGGAUUCCAAGCCUGCUGCGUCUAUCCUUAGAAGGGAGCCAGAAUUUCCAUUAACACUAGAGACAAGACCUCGUAAUCAAUCGAUCUGGCGUAGACCAUCUGAUAGGUUUCCAAGAAUAAUUUCUUCCCCUACGAUUGAAAAAAGGGCUGAUCUUUCAGAACUUGAGGAGCAAGUUAAACAGUUGGUUGAGGACUUGAAGAGCACUUCCAUUGAAAUGCAGAGAACUGCUACAGCUGAACUCCGGUUACUUGCCAAGCAUAAUAUGGAUAACCGUAUGGUGAUUGCAAAUUGUGGUGCUAUUAGCUUCUUGGUUAACCUACUUCAUUCAGAAGACAUGAAAGUACCGGAAGAUGCUGUUACUGCACUUCUCAACUUGUCCAUUAAUGACAAUAACAAGUGUGCAAUUGCAAAUGCUGAUGCAAUCGAACCUCUGAUUCAUGUCCUCCAGACCGGGAGCGACGAGGCUAAAGAAAAUUCUGCAGCAACUCUUUUUAGCCUUUCUCUGAUGGAGGAUAACAGGAUGAAGAUUGGGAGGUCUGGAGCAAUCAAACCUCUUGUUGAUUUAUUUGGAAAUGGAACUCCAAGGGGGAAGAAAGAUGCAGCGACAGCUUUGUUUAACUUGUCAAUACUGCAUGAGAACAAGGCUCGUAUUAUCCAGGCUGGUGCAGUAAAGUAUCUCGUAGAUUUGAUGGACCCUGCUACCGGGAUGGUUGAUAAGGCUGUUGCUGUUCUGUCCAAUCUUGCAACCAUUCCCGAGGGAAGAGCAGCAAUCGGUCAGGAAGUAGGGAUUCCUCUUCUUGUUGAGGUUGUUGAGCUGGGCUCUGCACGGGGUAAAGAGAAUGCAGCAGCUGCUCUCUUGCAACUAUGCACCAACAGUAACAGGUUUUGCAACAUGGUUCUCCAGGAAGGAGCUGUACCUCCAUUAGUGGCGUUGUCACAAUCUGGCACCCCAAGAGCAAGGGAAAAGGCUCAGGCACUUCUUAGCUUCUUCAGAAAUCAACGGCAUGGCAAUGCAGGAAGGGGCUGAUUUAUACACUGAACAUUUGGGCACAUACUUUUCCAUUAAUUAACAGAUAAAUUAUGUGUAAAUUUGAUAUUAUAAGUAAGUAAUGCAUGUGGAAAUCUUGGUUCCUAGGAUGUUCCCCAUAUUUGUUAGUUCUGCAAAAGUGAAUUAGUUGGAGGCUCAGAUGAGUCCAUCUGAAUAGCUUUGUAUGUAUAUGUGGAGAAAGAUUUAGAUGACCAAGAAAUUGCUGAUCACAGCCUAUGUUAUUUUACAGUGGUGAGAUUGGUAGAUGACAACUAUUCUUUGUUUACUUAGAAAUGGAAGUACGCCUUUUGAUUUC